GAGAGGCUCUGCUUCCCGGGGAAGGUGGCUUCGGCUCUCUCACCUCUCAGUCAGAAAGAACUGGUGUCGGUGGUUACGGAAACCUCAUCAGACACAGAAAACCAUAGAGAAGCUUCUACUCGCUGUUUUGAGAGGAAGGAGAGACAUCCUCCCCAUCACUACUCCCAAACCUCCUGGAAGAAGGAGCCUUCUUGAACCUGUGCUAAUCUGGAGGAGACAAAGGACUCUGGGAUCUCUUCCAGCCCCAGUGUGCCACCCGAGUCUUCUGACCCUGGUGGUUGUAGGCCCCUGAACCCUGGGAUGGACAGCCCAGUGGAGUGGAAGGAGCCAGCAAGGACCAUCAAUGGCAGCAGUGAACAGAAUGGGAUAUCCCAGACUGAGAGCCUAGCUUGUGGCUAUGCUGAGGCACUGGGUCGGAGGAAACAUAGGCGUCGGUCCUCAAAACGCAAAAGGCAUCGUUGGAGGCCCUACCUGGAGCUGAGCUGGGCAGAGAAGCAGCAGCGAGAUGAACAGCAAAGCCAGCGAGCCUCCAGGGUUCGAGAGGAGAUGUUUGCCAAGGGGCAGGCUGUGGCCCCCUACAAUACCACUCAGUUCCUGAUGGAUGACCAUGACCUGGAGGAACCAGACCUGGGUAACCCCCAGGGGUUACCCCACCAGGGUUCUGGAUGGGAAGAGGAAGAUGAGGAGGAAGGUAGGGGAACUGGGGACAUUGAUGGUGGAGGGAAGGCCCAGGGUGAGUUCCUCCAAAGAGAUUUCUCAGAAGCCUAUGAGCACUACCACGUGGAGAGCCUGCAGGGCCGAAGUAAGGAAGAACUGGUACGGGACUACUUAGAGCUGGAGAAACGGCUCUCACAGGCUGAGGAGGAGACACGGCGACUGCAACAGCAGCGAAACCCCUUUGGUCCUCACCCCUGCUACCGGGCCCAGGAACUGGCAGCUGAAGUGGAGCGACUGAAAAUGGAGAACCAGAGGCUUCGACGAGAGAAUGAAAUGUGGGGCCGAGAGGGCAGUAGCCCUAGAGAGGAUCUGGGCACCUAAGGGAGCCCUUUGCUAACCUCUCCCCAGCAUCCCCUGGUAGCACUCUAGAGGUUUUCUAGCAAAUGUGGGAGGGUGGGGCAAGGAGAAGGCAUUCUGUCUGUACUCAUUUCACCUGCCCAGCACUGCAUCGAAGGAGACUUGCACCAUCUGUAUUCCUGAGAAGCCCUGCACGUAAAUUUUGGGACUCAAGGCCUAGUUCUGGACAGAGACCACUAGGAACAAAGUUGCAGGUUUGAACUUCUCUUUCCUUCUCCAGCAUGCUGCCCCAGAGUAGAAGUUCGGUGAGGACAAGUUGAGUUUGUUAUCUUGUUGUCUCAUUUUAUUUUUUUUCUUUAGUAAAAUUAAAAUGUCUUGAUGAGGGUAAA